AUGGUACAGGCCUCUAGAGCCGGGCUUCGCCGAAGGCUUUUGCUCCAUCUUGCCCUAGUUUUCGCCCACUUCUAUGUAUGUGGUAGUAUUCACCUCAGCCCAGAUACACACAAACUUCUCAACGUCGCCGCCGCCAUUCCGCUCCGAUACAAACAAAUCGUUGAUGAGCUACAGCAAUUACCAAUGCCACUACCCGCAAUCAGCAGCAGCAAAUUUUCCUUGUCUUCGUUAACUCCAUUUUGUGCAAAGUUCACCGUUCCUGAGAUUGAAGCAAAUGUAGUGCCGGAAUGUAUCAGAUGGGAGGUAUGUACAUCUACUCAGUUGAGGCGUUUAUUCGCGAGUGGGUUUCUAUGUCGGUCAACAACUGAAGAGGACGAUUCUGACAUUUUUCUAUUGAUCCUUGAUUCUGUAAUGGCCUAG